UUCAAUUCAUUUAUCUGCAGGAAUGAUUGCGACUAUCAGUCUGAAGCUCACCGCCUGACUGAGGAGGUGAAAGUUGCGCCACAGGAAGAUAAACCGCAAAAGACAAUAUUGCACAUGAUUUGCGUACGCAUCGGAUGAGCAGGAGAAGGAAAUUCCUCUCCACUAAAAGUAAAUAGGAAUAGGGGAUCGGAGUUUGCCUUGCACAGACUUAAGUCAGAGAAAUAUCAAGCAGAGACAGUUGUUAGAGAUUCUUCCUCUCUCAGUCUCCUCCGCUGCAGACUGAAGAUGCUCUUGGACGCAGGACCACAGUAUCCCACCAUUGGAGUGACUACUUUCGGCUCCACCAGGCAUCACUCAACAGGCGAAGUUACAGACAGAGAAGUGGCGUUGGGUAUCAAUCCGUUCGCCGACGGUAUGGGCGCUUUCAAAAUCAACCACAGCGCCCACGACCUCGGCUCUGGGCAAACGGCGUUUUCCUCGCAAGCGCCCGGCUACGCCGCCGCCGCUGCCCUGGGACACCAUCAUCACCCCACUCAUGUCAGCUCGUACUCCACCGCCGCCUUCAACUCCACUCGGGACUUUCUCUUUCGCAAUCGGGGCUUCGGAGACGCCACGAGCGCGCAGCACAGUCUGUUCGCCUCCGCAGCAGGAAGUUUCGCCGGACCACAUGGACACUCUGACGCCGCUGGGCACCUGCUCUUCCCGGGACUGCACGAGCAAGCGGCCACGCACGCGUCCUCCAACGUGGUGAACAGUCAGAUGCGCCUGGGCUUCUCCGGGGACAUGUACGGCAGGGCCGAGCAAUACGGUCACGUCGCUAGCCCCAGGUCCGAGCACUACGCCUCGACUCAGCUGCACGGCUAUGGUGAAAAACCUUUCAAGUGUGAGUUUGAAGGCUGUGACAGACGCUUUGCGAACAGCAGUGAUCGUAAGAAACACAUGCACGUCCAUACCUCUGACAAGCCUUAUCUCUGCAAAAUGUGUGAUAAAUCCUACACACACCCCAGCUCCCUCCGGAAACACAUGAAGGUUCACGAUUCGUCGACUCAAGGAUCCCAACCCUCCCCGGCAGCCAGCUCCGGCUACGAGUCCUCCACGCCGCCCACCAUCGUGUCCCCUCACAGGAAGAUAAACCGCAAAAGACAAUAUUGCACAUGA